UGGUGGUUAAGGUUGCUCGAGUCGGUAGUUUGCUGGAAACCUGUUGAAACACCGAGUUACUAAAGUUUGAAUCAGAGCAACAUGAACUCAUAUCCCCCUGUUGGUUCAUUCAUCAGAUCAGAAAGCACAGUAGAUGAUCUACCUGAUGAAGUGCUUGAGUAUAUUCUUAGUUUAGUUGCUCCAUACAAGGAUUUGCAAGAAUGUUCAUUAGUAUGUAAAAGGUGGCAUCGAAGUGUCAAAAACGUCAUUCGCCAUGCACAGAAAUUCUUGCAUCGAUCAAUAGUAGACUUCAAUAUCAGGUGGGAGAACAUAACCCCAGCUGAAAUGGCUCCAUCGAUCACCAAACGGUAUUCUCAUUCAGCAUGUCGUCAUGAUAAUUCCAUGUACGUUUUUGGAGGUUGUACUACAACUAGUACUACAUUUAAUGAUUUGUGGCGGCUUGAUCUUAACAAACGACAGUGGGUUAGACCACUGACGAUGGGAACCUAUCCUUCACCAAAGGCAUGUGCUUCUAUUGUAUGUUAUAAAGAAGCACUUAUAUUAUUUGGUGGGUGGUCACAUCCAUCACCUUACCCACUUCAUCAGGCAUGGAGGUUGUUCAGUGAGCUUCAUGUUUAUGGCAUUGUGUCCAAUAGGUGGGCAUGCAUCAACACACCAACUACUCCUCCUGCCAUGGCUGGUCACUCAGCCACAAUUCAGGGAGAACUGAUGGUUGUAUUUGGUGGACUCCAGAAAACUAAUGUCUUAUUAGGGCAAUGCGGAAGUUCCAAUGAUGUGUGGUGUUUCAACUUGGAAAAUCAAACAUGGAAUAAGCAAACUACCACAGACGUGAAGCCAUUUUGUAGAUAUGGCCAGUCCCAAAUCUCACUUGAUGACAGAAAUGUACUAAUACUGGGUGGCUGUGGAGGACCAAAUAUGAUGUUCAGUGACGUGUGGCUGCUUUCACUGACUGAUCCAAUUUGGACAUGGCGGGAAGUUCCUGUGAGGAAUCUCCAGUGGGCUGCAACUUACAUGUGGUGUCAUCCUGCAUGCAAGAUUGGUCAGCGGGUAGUCGUCUUCAGCCGAAGAAAUCCUGUGUCGAGUAGACCAACAUUUUCCUAUCACGCACAGAAUAUCCCAUUGCGAAUACGGCUCAGCACUGCCAAUGUGAGGGUUCCACCUCAGGAGGACGAUGUACCAGCAGAUGUAGUUAAUAGAAGGGCAUCAGAGGGUUUGGUCGAGCCUCAACCAACAGACAGGGAUUUCAAUGUUAAUGGGCGUCAUGGAGUACUUGGUCCCAGGCCUGCCAAGCAGGGUGGGACAUCGACAAGCUCUAGCAGUGGGGAAGAAAGUGAUGGUGAAGUACCAGAUCCAUCCAGCAGUCAACCUUCUCCUGAACACCGACCACCUCUUCCUGACCAGGGCAGAAUAAAUCAGGUUACUUGUCCACCAAAGCCACUGACAGCAGCUUCAUCUAAUGACCUUGAAAAUGCAGGGCCAAGUGGUAUAGGCAUGGCAGCAUUUCGCGAUCCAUCACCAGUGAUGAAACCCGGUGCGUCUGAAAAUCGGCGGCGGCAGCUGGAAUCCUUAAGACGCAUGGAGGAAAGGAUACGCCGUCUGUCAAGAAGUGGAAGUGGCAGCAGUGGCAACAGCAUUCCUCCUGCAGCAAGAUCUAACCCCACAGCAUAUGGCAAUAAUGUAUAUAUAUCACCAUCUCCAUCUGAGUCCAAAUCUCAGAUGACAAAGAAUGUCAUGACUAUGUCUGUUCUGGAUAUAUCACAUGUUUUAACUGAUGGGUGCUAUGUGGAAUGGCUUUGUCCAAAGUUUCACAAUGCUUCGAGUGGUGGUCCAGAAGAAAAAAUCCUUUACACACUGAUUGCAGGGAAAGGAGAACUUAUAAUGUUCGGUGGAAUCCAAAAGGAUGCAACAUCAGUAAAAUCACAGGCUCAACCAUUGUCUAAUGCUGCAAAUGCAGUUUCUAAUUCAUUACACUUUAUUACUGCACCGAGAGGUAUCAUAUGAAAGGGCACUUUGUUACAGAGCGAACUUUGCUUUUCAGUCCACAAAUGCAAAUAUUCUACUCACAUUCUGAAAAGCUUUUAAAGAGUUGCUGCUAGCAUUCUACGGAGGCUGGAAAUCAUUUAUAAUUUGGAAAAGGUAUGGAAUAUCAGCAAGCUCUCGUGUCAGUAGUGUCACGAAUGUUACACAAUUUAAGUCGUUGACCACCAUGUUCUGUCAUUAACAUUUGCUGAGUUUCACAGUUUUUCAUCCAAUGUGUGAAAGAAAGAUGGAGAAAUUAAACACUUAUAAAGCUUAUAAAUACAUGGAAUUUAUUUUUGUAGACAGCACAUUUGUGAACUGAUCUUAUGGUUAUGGGUCAGCAUAAUUUGAUGGGAGGAAAAUCCAUCUCUUCCACCAGAGUCUGUUCCCAUAAAACUCGCUGUAUCUUUACAUUCAUUUAUACCAAUCAGUUUAGAGAUUAAUUUUCCUUAAUUUCUAUAUGAAUAGUCAUUCCUUAUUUACAUUUACUUAAGCAUGAAGUGACUGUGUGCCACUAUGAAUCAUCAUCAUCGUUGUCGUCGUCAUCAUCAUGAUGGGAUUUCUUCAGACUUCCAAAUACUUCCUGGGGAACUGGCUGUUUUUGUACUGGAAGAUCUGGAAAUAGAUGCACAUUAGAGGUUGAUGACAACUAAAUUAUGUGACAGCAAAAUCUGAAUUCCUACACAUUAUCUUAUAAAUUUAAAGCUGAUAUAAUUAAAUUCAGACUUCAUCAUAUACUCACUAUCAUCAGUGUCCUCUUCAGCUUCGUCGUCAUCAUCGCAGUCGAUGUUGAUCUCAUCAGGGUUGACAACUCGAGUUGUCUCAGUUCCAUCUCUGUCCUGACCUUGUGUCUCCCCACGCACAAACAAUAUAUUGCUACUUUUAGCUUGCUGCUGAGCUGCAGAUCAAACAUAAACAGAACAAGUUUCUUUCAUAUGUUAAAACUGAAGUCACCUCACCAGCAGCACGGGGAAUUACCGACAUGAUAUUGAGAUGCGAUGCUGGAACAAAGUGGAAACUUGAUGCACACUUACUCCAAGCCUAUCUUAUUUCUUUGGGGAGGGGAGGGGUUCAUAAGAUCACAAUGCUGUUAAUUGACUAUUUUUCAAGAAAUCUGGUAUGAAUGUUAUCCCACUAGAGGCCACAGCAACCUCUUUUUAAUUUCCUGCAAUCAAUAACAUGAUGGUAGAUCCAGGAUCCUGAAAUUACAUAUGGUAAUAUGACCUGAGCAAGAUUUGAUCAUAUUACCGCCUGCGAAUGAGCCGAAAAUGCUGACUCGUGAGUUACAUCUCAUUUCACUGCUGUGGAACUCCUUGUUUUAAAACUGUAUCAGUCAGUGUUAAUUUGUUACUUUUUUUCAAAAUAUUCCACCAAUCAUUCACAUACAGCUGCUGAGAUCUUCAAACACAAGAAAGUAAAAAGUGUCCUAGCUUUGGUUUUUUCCUUGACUUUGUGCUUCCCCACAGACACCUAGGUCCUUUAAUGGCAUAUGGUAUAUUGUAACAUACUUAAAAGUAGGUACCCUCCUGUAAUUUGAAUUAAGACAAUGAUUCUCUACUACAGGAUCAAGAUGCUCAUCACUUACAAUGAAGAUCUGGGGCAGAUGAAUCCAAUUCAAAAUUUGCUUAAAUAUUAUCUUCUAAUUUAUACCUUCCAAGAUGUUGCUAACCAAAUAUCCCAGUGCAUGGCCCUAGUUGCAUAACUGUCACUGUGUCAUAAUAGGUCCCACUAAAAUUCCAGACAGAAUAUUCAAAAGCUGCAUCACAAACCUAUAAUAUUUUCCAACAUGUGCUCCAUCCCCUUAACUUCACUCACUGUGACAAAAUUACAAAAGUAAAUGCACAUAUAUUAACUCAUUUUAAUUGUAUUAAAGUCAAAAUUUUCCUUACCAGGUCUCUCCAGAUGAGCCAUCUGCGCAGCUUUGGCUUCUAACAUUCUCAUACCAUCUUUGGCUCCUGGUGCGAGAUCUGCGACAGUGCCCGAUACAUUGCUGGCUGCAGACAGCAUUUGUGCAGACAUCAUGUUCACCUGUUCAGGAAAUAGUAUUGAGUUUCAGCUUCCUGUGUGCCAUGGACAGCCGUAGCCAAGAGGUUACGGCUGAUGAAACUACAAUCUUCAUGAACUUGCCCGGUUGGCCAUGCGCAGUGGUCCUUUCCCCCACCUCUUUACCUUUUCCGUCCACCCCUUCGGACUGUGUUGCCUGGUAACUGGAAGACCACUUCUGUACAGGAUUUCACCUGAGACACUUUGACAAGUUCCGUUUCAGUUUCCCCUUCUAAAUUUUACUUUGAUUCGUGGUGUUCAGCCCUGUGCUGAUGGUCCGCCUGUUGAGGCGUCUGCUGUGGCAAGUUCUGCAUUUUGCUUAUUAUAUUGUGUUGAUCAUCCAGCGGAUGUCACACCAGUGUAUAUUUCUGUUUAUUUCAUUUAUAAUUCUUUGUAUUUGUUUUGAUUAAUGAUAAUAUAUGCUCAAUUAGA